AACAAUCAAGGUGAUGCCUGGAUGCCUUGAAACAAUUCUAACCUUAACAUACUCGAGCAUAUGGCUAUCAACCAAAUUGCAGUAUAUUUAUGUAAACUAUUGUGCGCAGUGAUUGUUGUAGCUAUAAUAAUGGAUCUACUGUUUGAUAAUGGCGACAACUCUAAAUAUAGAGAUGAUAAAAAGGAAGAAAUUCCCAAAGAGAGAAAUAACUCAUAUAGUGGAAACUACAAUUUAAUUAUAAACACCUACAUGAGAAGUGGGUCGACCUUUCUCGGGAAAAUAUUUUCAAUUCGGAAGGAUACAUUUUACGUUUUUGAACCGCUCUGGAAGGCUCAGACAUUUGCAUUUUACUGGGGCUCAAGGGAUGUUUGUCACUACAGUGAAAGUAAGUGCGCAAAACAAGGAAAUGAAGCAGUGUCAAAGGAUAUCGGAUCUUCAAUAACUUGGGAAUCAUCAAAGAAUUUCUUACAAGGUGUUCUGGAUUGUUCUUUCACACACCAUAAAACGUUCUUACCUGAUCCAAGGCAUUUUCCAAAAGAAUUUCCGAGUGAAAAACAUUCUUGGGUGUUUGGUAAAGGUCCGCUUUGGGAUGUGUACUUUGAUUGUGCAAAUAUGCCACAGUCCACUUACAAACAGUGUUUUUCAUUAAUACCGCCUGUGUGUCAAGGUGCCCAUCACAAGGUAAUGAAAGUGCUUCGAUCAACACUUAAUAAUUUCGAAAACAUGUUAAAAACCAACGUAAAUCUCAAAGUUAUACAUCUUUUCAGAGAUCCUCGAGGAAUCGUAAACUCUCAUCUUCAUACAAGAUUUUACCAAUCGAGAGUGAGAACAACGUCACAAAUUGAACGUGACAUCAAAACAUUGUGUGACAGAAUGCAGUACGACAUUAAAAUUGCUUUACGACUGAAACGCUUGUUUCCCGGUCGUUUCAAAAUCGUUCAGUACGAGACAUUCGGAGAUUUAUUUAGCAGCGCACGCGCUUUGUACAAGUUUAUGAAAAUGGGAUUAACUGAUGAAAUUCAGAAAAACUUAGGGAAAUUGAUAAGGGCCGAAAAUUCAACGAAAGGAUUUCAUCCGUUUAAUUAUAGGCUUAGUUUGCCGUGGGCGUCAGAGAGAAUGGCAAAUAAACAUUGCAGUAUGGUCUUUACUUCUCUGGGAUAUCCUAUGUUUUUGGGGUGGAAAAAAUUUAAAAAGAAAAUUUUGACCUAUCCCAAAAAGCUUCCCUUUCACAAAUGUACUAAUAAAAACAUUGUAUAA